GAUUUUUUUCAGUAGUGUGUGAGAGGUGGCAGCGGUCGCACAUCGCUCUCAGCCGCCGCGUUGAAGGGUUGUCUCAUUAAAAAAUCACGCUUAAAAUUAUUCGUGUAUGAAAACUGUAAGUGAAAGCGGAAUCGAAGUGAAGUUUGAUUUAAAUAAAUUAAUGCAAACAGUUUGUGUUGUGAGUUUUAAAAGUUUGGCUGCAGUUUAAGGGGAAGGUAUGUUAAGUUGCGCCUCCCCCGCUGGCAUGACGCCCGCGCCCCAUUCCACCCAUCCCCAAGCUUGGGGGUCACUGCUACAACCACCCACUGUGAAAUCUGAACCAAUGGAUGAAGGAAGUUUCUCGAAAGACCAGACCAGCGGGUUUUACUCAGAGGGAUUUCAUAGCGCUUCCCCAUCAUCAUCAAGCAAGGAUUCCAACGGACAUUCGCCGCGCAGCGUCGGCAGCGCCGGUGAGCCGUCGCCCUUCUACGAUAACAUGCCUUUAAAAGCUAAAGCCAAUCUCGGGAUGCAUCUGGACUCGUUCCGUAAUGCAUUACCAUAUAGUUUGCUCACACCACCUGGUUUCGAGUCGCGCGCUAAUGAAGAUCGAGAAUCUUCUCCGGGUUAUGGAUCCUAUUCUCCACGAAGUUUGGCGCCGCCUGCGCACGUAUCUACACCUUUAGCGCGUGCCGACGCCACUCCACCAAAAUCGCCACCCAGAACACCGUCAUCGCCUGAACACGACAGACGGUCAUUCGAACGAUUCCAUGACUCCGGAUUCGACGGCGUCGGUCAAAACAAAGCCGACGGGGACGAGGGCCGCGAAGGAUCCGGCUUUGACGAUGAUUUUGAUGAUGAACCUGGCCUGAGAGUCCCCGCUGUCAAUUCUCAUGGAAAAGUCAAAACAUUUAAAUGUAAACAAUGCGAAUUUGUUGCCGUGACAAAACUAAGUUUCUGGGAACACAGCAAAGAACACAUUAAACCUGAAAAAAUGUUAUGCUGUCGGAAAUGUCCUUUCGUGACUGAGUACAAACAUCAUCUUGAAUACCACAUGAGGAAUCAUUUGGGAUCAAAACCUUUCCAAUGCAGUCAGUGCUCUUAUUCAUGUGUGAACAAAUCAAUGCUAAAUUCACAUCUUAAGUCACAUUCAAACGUAUACCAAUAUCGUUGCGCGGACUGCAAUUACGCAACCAAAUACUGCCAUUCGCUGAAACUUCACCUCCGUAAAUAUCAGCAUAAUCCCGCUAUGGUCCUUAACUUGGAUGGCACGCCAAAUCCCUUGCCCAUAAUCGAUGUCUACGGCACGCGUCGUGGACCUAAACAAAAACCUUUUUCAAAAAUGUUCGAACCACAAGGCCCAGUCAGCAACAACAACCAGCCACAGCCACCUGCGCCAACGCACCCAAUUUUCGGAAAUCACUUCCCGGUAAACCUCCCCUACCUGCCCCCGCUUCUGCCUCACUCGUUCUUAUUCCCUCCUAACAACAACUACGAACAAAGAACUUCUCCCAAAAACCAUGAAAUUCAAACCGAAAAACCUCAACAAAUGUCUCCUCCAGCAUCAAUCUUGCACCAGCGGUUGUCAUAUACAGAACGGCCCUUAGAAUCCGGCUCUACAUCUCCUCCACCUAAAUCGCCGCCGAGCAUCACACAAACCCCAACACAUAGAGAGAUGCCCACAGAACACGGUGAUGAUGCACUCGACCUCACAAACGCAAAAACUAGUGAGGCGGGCACUCCGCCGCCUCCCACGGAAAGAGCUACCCCAGUAACACCAACUACAGCUUUGAAGAACAGAAGAAAAGGUCGUGCAUUCAAGCUACAACCAGCUGCACUGAGGCUGCAACACGAGGACGAGAAAAUGAGGGACGCAGACGGAUCGGACUCUGAAUCAGAUGCGUCAGCUGAGGUGGCGUCGUCGAGCGCUGCCAGCUCUUACACGUGCCAGUUCUGUGACAUCACGUUCGGGGACCUGACGAUGCACACCAUCCACAUGGGGUUCCACGGGUACAACGACCCGUUCAUGUGUAACAAGUGCGGCGAGCGGAGCCCCGACCGCGUCGCUUUCUUUAUCCACCUGGGGCGCGCGCAACACGCCUAGCUGAACCCCAGCACACCUAACGGACCCCUAGUCAAAGCUCGCUUUUAACAAUGUUUCUGUAGACGUACAUAGUGUAGGGUAAACAUUAAAUUAUUCUAGAUUAUUCAAUGUGAAUUUUCAAAGGAUUUUAUCAAAGCCAAAGAAAAGCUUGUUGUAUCAACUAAUUGUUAACUUUCAAAGGCGAAUUUCAUAAUUAUUUAAAUUUUAUAACAAUGUCAUCAUUCCACUCAAUAAGACAUAUGUACAGGAUUAAAAAAUCGCUCAAGUAUGAUUUUUUACUUACUCUGGAUUAUAAUAUGAAAUGUCCUAUUCGCUUUUGUGAUCUAACAAUUUGAUUAAGUAGAGUAGGUACCCAAUGUAAAUAGUAAAGUAUAAAGAACGAUUAGAAAUAAGGAUACAGUGUGCAGUGGCGGGAUAUAUUUAUUCGACUUUCACCGUUUUAAUAUUAAUUUGUUAUGUAAAACUAUAUUAAGACGGUUUUAUAAGCAAUUACUUUGUCUAGCGCCACGUUCAUAAAUUAUUGUUCCGUCUGCAUUGCAGAAUAAUUUAACUCUGAAUGAGUUUAAUUAACUCAUGUGUAUUCUAUAUCGGUGUGUUUUUUUUAGAUAAUAACUGACUCAAUUCAGAGUUUUGUGGUUUAUAUCAUAUUUUUAUCACUGCUCGCUACCUCCUUACUUCAAUAGUAAUAACCUGUGUUUAUUUGAUUCGUUAGAAAAAAUGUGACCAAUGUGUAAACAAGACUGUAUAUCUUUAAUAAGUACAAAGCAAAGUUCACUCCGAUCACGUCUAUAUUAGUGUCUUAGUUAUAAUUAGAGUAUCGUCGUCGUGGCGCAGCGUUUUUGACAAUUCACGCGUAAAUUCUUGUGCUCGCGUGAUCCUCAAAUGUCAAACUCAACGUUGUCGGGCGAGUAGCGUAUGAAAUCGUCAAAAACACUGCAUCGUCGGCGAAUUUAUAAUACAAGGCUGUACAUUACGAAAACAACGGUGAUGUUACCUAUUAGAGUUAGUCGGUCUGUUUAGUAUUAGCACCCGAAUAUGUUAAUAUAAGUUGUAAGUUCAAAUGUAUUUAUAUUAUGGUACCAAGUAUGAAAUAAAGAUUUUAUUUUUAUUUAUUUAAUAAACUUUUACGUGUAAUUAUUGUGACGCGAUGGUAUGUUUUUUGUAAUUUGAAAUAAUUGACUAUGUCAAAAAUAGCACGCAUUUUAUGGAAUGAUUUUCCGCUUAAUAUAUAAAUACCGUUUAAUUAUAAGUGAAUGAUGUUUGUGUGCAGGAUACAAAACAAUAAAAACAUAAUU